CUGGUCCACAUACUUGAUGUGUCAUUGCGCUUGGCUCUCUUUCAAUAGUUGUUGACGCAGGGUCGCGUUUGAGGAAGCUGUCGUCGGACUUUGUGGACGUGGACGCGGACUGCCUUAUUAUUCUGCGUUCGCUGUGCACGUGACAACUCGAGCCUCGCCUGAGCUCUGAACAUGGCGACGACGGACGACACUCCGUUCUCUCUGAAGGGUCUGGAGGAUGAGCUGACCUGCAGCAUUUGUCUGAGCCCCUUCGACUGUCCGGUGACCAUCCCCUGCGGACACAACUUCUGCCGGAGCUGCCUGCUCGCCACCUGGAAGGAAGCCUACAGCUGUCCCCAGUGUCGGACCCACUUCAGCACCAAACCGGAGCUGAAGAAAAACACGGUCCUCAGCACCGUGGUGGAGACCUUCAACCUGAGGUCGAACAAGAGCGACGUCUGUCUGUUAGGAGAGGAGCAGGAAGCCGAGGGAAAGGAUGUCAUACGGUGUGAUACCUGCAUGGAGGCAGAGGCGUCCCAGACCUGCCUCACCUGCAUGGCCUCGUUCUGUGAGGAGCACCUGCGUCCUCACCGGGAAAACCCAAUCUUCCGUCCCCACCAGCUGAGUGAGCCUGUCGGGGACCUGUCGGAGCGCAUCUGCCCGGACCACCACAAGCUGAUGGAGCUCUUCUGCAAACAACAUGUCCGCCCGAUCUGCAGCCUCUGCCUCCAACAAGUCCACAAAGGCUGUCCCUUCACUUCUCCUGAGGAGCAGAGGACGCUGAAAGAGCAAGACCUGAUAGAUAAGUUGGAUUUGCUGGAUGGGAAGAUUUCACAUAACAGGACUGUUAUACAUCAAAUGAUGGACAUGCAGGAUGUGUUGAUGGACUCAGCCGCCAACAGGAAGCAAGCUUUGGCAGCCGAAUAUCAGCAGAUGCGUGACAUGUUGACCCACGAGGAGAGCGUCGCUCUGAACGCAGUGAGUCAAGAGUUGGAGAGUGGUAAGACCAAACUCCGUGGUCUCACAAAGAAGUUCACGGAGAACAUCGAUCACAUGAGCAAAGCUCAAGAGGAUAUCCGCAGUCUGCUUGGUCAGUCCACAUCACUGGCCUUCCUACAGGCGUCAUUCAACCUGCCCUCAGCUGUAAACUUUGACCCUUACACCCCUCGAAUCUACCUGGACUCCAAGAGGGUGAUGGCGAACGAGGCCUUUGCUGCUGGCUUGAAGGAGCAUCUGACUGAGCUUUUUAAUCAGCCUGUUGAAGCCAGACUGCAAAUGAUGAAACCAGGUGAAUGGGGAGCUUCUGCCUCAGGAUUUAGACCCAUCAACGCUUUCCAAGACUAUGAGCCUCCUGGUCAUCCCAGACCUCCCAACUUCCAAGGUGGAGAUCCGAGCUCACAACCCAGAGCAGGCCCAAAGAAGAAGCCUCCAAAAGAAACCAAAAAAACACAAUCCACUAAAGGCACGAUGGGAAAUGUGAACUUAACCCAUUCGAUGGAAAAUCUGUUGCUUGGUGGGAAAAACAAAGCCAAAGGGUGUCCCGCCCCUCAACCCAAUCAGAGACCAGAAAUUUCAAACAUUCCCUCAAACAUAACAUCUGCUGAAAAAAGAAGCGACCUCUUGAAAUAUGGCACAGCACUCACUUUGGAUCCAAAGACCUCCCACAGACGCAUCAUUCUGAGUGAGGAGUUUACUAAGGCGUCUGUGACAGAUGAGCAGGAAAACUACCCCAACUGCCCUCAACGAUUUGCUGUCUGCUCCCAGGUGCUCACCUCUCAGAGUUUCUCUAGAGGGCGCCACUACUGGGAAGUCCGACUCAGCUGCAACAACUUCAUUGGCAUAGGCUUGGCUUACCGCAGUAUUGACCGCAAAGGUCCCAACAGUCGACUGGGCCGCAAUGCCCAGUCCUGGUGUGUUGAGUGGUUUAACGUCAAGCUGUCAGCUUGGCAUAACAGCAGCGAGACCGUGCUGGCCAAUCCCAAUCCAAAGCGCGUUGGUGUGCUGUUGGAUCUUGAGGGCGGCGUGGUUACAUUCUUUAACGUGUCAGACAGGGCGUAUCCCUUCCACUGCUUUGCGUUUCCCUUUACUGAAGCAGUGUUUCCAGCUUUCUGGAUGUUCUCAAGUGGUUCAUCCAUUUCUUUGUGCAAGAUGCAGUAAUGAGGAGCAUAUGCACAUACAAUUGCAUAUGCAACUACACACACACACACAGUCCACUCUUUUUCUUUUUUUUGUCAUUUCCAUGCAUAGAACAAUGGAAAACUUGUUGCCUGCUCUUGGCAUAAUUGAGGUUAGAGGAUGAUGAGCCCCACUGUCAGUGCGUACUGCACACAGUGAUGUAGCCUUCUGUUAAAUCUGCUUCAAACUAAGAAAAUGUGGGAAUAUAUGGUUGUGGUUAUUCUGAGAAUAUUAGUGCGCAUACAGCUUUGAGCGUCACAUCUGGAAUUGGUGUCGACAGUUACCAGCUUGCCGUAGCUAAAGUCAUUAGCUGUUAGCAUUACCUAUGCUAUGCUAACUGAUUUACAGCAGCUGGAUUUGUGGUUCUGGGACCUCUACGAUGGCAGAGUGUUGGGCUUUGUCAGGUUUCCCCAAACAUUGGAGAAGCAAAAUAACUUGCAUAUCCUGCGUCGCAUGUGACUGUGAUGCACGUACGUGUCAGUCUUACUGUAACAGAACACACAUGACUCACUGGCCACUUGCAGCAUAGUUUUUGUGUCAAUGUGUCUCCUGUAUUAACUGUGCAGACUAUGUAUUACGCGCUGUAGAAUGGUGAUGAUUGUGAGUACGUACAGAAGUGAAUUCAUCACACAGUGCAGUGUUUCGAUAUGAAGUCUGCAUGUGAAAAGAUUCUGAUUGUUUUGGAGUGUGGCUGUUAAGGAUAUAGAGGUGGGUGUAUCAAAAGAUUCCGUCAUAUCAGUCAAAAAAUGUCAGUUAAAAUCUUUUCCUCCGUGAUAUCAGUCAAAAAAAUGUCAGUUCAAAUCUUUUCCUCCGUGAUAUCAGACAAGUUUUUCCCCCCAUCACAAUGAGUAAUUUCUAGUGACCUUAAACAUUCAGAAUGUGAAAAUGAUUCAUCUCUAUGGACUGAAAUGUAGAAAAAAUGAAUCCAAUCUUGUCAGUAAUAAUGCUUAUAUAUCUGUGGAUCUCUCACUUUUGCUUCCUCUGAAAGAACAUGUAUGUAUGCCAUCUAGACAACAGCAUGUUCUGUGUUCAACUAUCCCUUUCUGAGCAUUCAGUUAUGCUAUUCGAUUUACACAAGCCAUGUAGCCUACAGAAAAUAUAUUUAAUCAUAUCUUUUUCUUUUUUUCAUUGAAUGAAUAUAUCAUUUCUAUCGCCCACCUCUAUUUGCUCACUUCCUCAAAUGUUUGGCUGGUUCGGCUGAUGAGAACAGAGGUCAGGUAGACUCUGGUUUUAAGAUCUGACGAUCGCUCUCUUUUUGUGUUUUGUUUAAAAGGCCAUUUGCCUCCGAGUUUGAGGUAAGGAAUACUAUCUUGAGCAGAAAAGAGAGAGUGGAGGGGAUGAUGCAGCAAUGGUCCAUGGCCGGAUUUAAACCUUGGACGUCAUGCUUGCAUGGUACACCCCAUGGAAAUAAAAUGCUAUACUGUUUUAUAUCUAUGGUAGGCACAGUACACCAAGAGGCCAUCACAUUGCUCUGUUGGCUUUUACCUCGGUGGCAGGAAAGUAGUUUGAUGCAGUUUCACAGGGGAGAAUUAUUUGUUGUUUGUUACAAAGUUUACCCCGGCCUGUAAGAUGCGUGUUGAAGCACACUGGUGUGAUUCACACGAGCACGCUCAUCUUGCAGAUGCGAAAAGAUGUGAAAUGACAAACUGUACGGGUGUCGAGCAGUAGAGAUCUGUCUUCACAACAUGUACUGCAGCAAAUGUACAGUGAAGUUUUAACGUGGUUCUCUUUGCUGUUUUGACAAAGGUAGGCUGAGGACCAACGUCCCUGUAUUUAAGAGACACAGAAGACACUGUUGUCCACAGUGACUGACUCAUAAGCUUGAGAAGGUUCAAACAGGAUGAUCGCCCUGGGGAAUGAAUCCGUUAACUGUCGGUUAAUUGAAAAGAGCUCUGUGAAACAUCUCUGCCAGUGCACUUUAGGUCUGGGCCUUAGUUUAUUAGGUGACCUGCCGGCAUUAAAGGGCACGAUGAAUCACUGCACGCAAAGUCUGAACCUGUACAGUGAAAUGUGUGGUUUUCACCAUUUACUGUCGCUCAUAUUCACAAUGGAAAAUAUAGGUUUGGUACAGACAGCUUUGUGAACUUAUUGAGGGCUGUACCAUACCACAAUGUGUUUCCCAACUCCUCAUAUUGUGUUGAAGCUUACUACCUAUCUUAAAUAACAUGGGUGUCUGUGAUUAGCGGAAUAAAGCAGUUAUGUUUGUUUGUAACUUUUGACUUAAUUACUUUUUGCUUCUGUUUGUGUCUGGUAGAAAUGUAUUUUGGAUCAACGUCAGACUCCAGCGGCUAAAAUAAAGAUUUUGUUGAUCUGUUGUGAUUGUUCCAUGCUGGACUUGAAACAUUUGGACGUAAUGAAUAACUACAUCUGAGUUCAAGUGUCUCAGCACACUGGACUCUAACUGUGUGCCGCCUUAAGUUAAGACUGAAUCAGCCUUUGUGUAACCCUCCUACGUUUGAUUCCCCUGUGAAACAGGUAAAUUUAAAUUGCAGGUUCAUAUAUUAAGUCAUUGCUGUAGUGAUUUAAUUUGGUUUACUCCACAGGAGUUUAAGUAUAUGUGGUUACAGUAUGUUUAUACGUCUUUACAUUUAAAAAGAUUAACAAAUGACUUGCAUGUAUUAAUAAAAAUAAAGAAAUUCUCUCCCUAAAA